AUGAUUUAUAUAGGUAUAAUCUUUUAAAAGCUAACAAAGCCUGUUUAGCAUGGGGCAUUGAAAUCAGACUACCAUUUAUGUUCAAGUCUUUGAUUGAAUAAAUUAUUUCUAUUGAUCCAAAUUAUUAAAUGAUAAUGCCCUCCAACCAUAAAUUGAAAAUAUAUAUUAAGAAAGCCUUUGAAGAUCUAGAAAAUCCAUUUGUUCAAUAAGAAAUAUUAUGGAGAUAAAAGGAACAAUUCAGUGAUGGAGUUGGUUACAGUUGGAGAUGGAAUUUUCGAAAGAGCUAAUCAAUUAGGCUCAGAUUAAGAAUUCUCUCAAGCUUCAGCUACUUAUUCCUAGAGAUAAGGAAUAAUAUUGGUUCAGAUAAGUUUAUACUUCUGCUUUUCCUAUUGAUAGCUCUACCGAAAAUGUAUCUAUUAACAAUUUAUGCACUCAUGAAAAUCCCUCAAUAGGAGACAAAAUUAAAGAUGAAAGCACCAAAGUAUAGAACCACAAUUAACGGUGA